GAGUACCUUUAAUUUAAAUGCACGCUAUUAGAGAUAUAAGCUUAUUAUCGACGAUUUAGAACCACAACUUGACAAAGAGAAGCAUGAGAAAAUGAAUCUAGCAGUUUAUACACGUUCAUCGAGAUAUUGGAUAUUGAAGAUGUUGAGGAAAUUUAAUAGAGUAACGACUUAACGUGUACAAUCUUGGGAUUGAUCUUUAAGUGAACCUAAUGGCUUUUGGAAGUACCUUAUCAUGCACUGUGCAAAAGUAUUUAAAUCUGCAUUCAUUUAGUGCACCUGAACCGUUUUCUAAUCGCAAUAAGUCAGAGAGGAGUCAUCAAGUUAUCAGUGAUAAGUUAUCUCUAAAGAAUUGCAAAUUGGAAGAAUCAGAAGACUUGUGCAACGUCGCGUUCCCUGUCUAUAUUAACGAAUACGGAAAACAUCUGAAUUUUAUUACAUCCGUUAUUCAAAAUCAACCUUCUAAGCAAAGCGCGUAUGUCUGAAUAUGUCCAGACAAUAACCCCUCUCAAAGUGACUUUUAAAAGAAUCUCUUUGUUUACUUUUUUUCAUAAUUUCUAUUUCAGACCAAGAUGAACCUGAUGUAAUAUCCUAUUUUAUUUUGACUAAAUGCUUUAAACAUAGAUACUUAGAGGAAUCCGUCUUGAUGAGACUGUUUUCAGCCUUACUACUCAAAUGAGAGAUUAAUUUGGCCUUAUAGUAUUUCAUCAACAUAUUAUUCUUCUACAGAAAUAAUCAUGUUCCAAAAACCAGAAUCGCCAAUUAAAACUUAGGAAAUAAAUUGUUUUUAAAACAUUUUCAUAUUCAUUCGAUUACAAAAUUCAGACUUGAAUCAAACAGGUCUGAUAUUACGUGAUAUAAUUCUGUUGAACGAUGAAUUCAGUUGUGAGAUGAACCUGAUCAUAUUUAUGUAACUGGUAGACGAUGGUUAUUCAAUCAUAAUCAUCAAAAUAAUUUAUUAAUACAUGAAAAUUUGAAUCCUAUAAAUAAAAGUCAACAUAAUGUAUCAUUAAAGAAUAAUCAUAAUCAUAAUAAUAUAAGUUAUGAUAAAGAAUCUAUUUUGAUUGGUCAUAUAGAUUCAUUAAAACAUUUUAAUGAUAAUCAAAUGAAAGUAGAGAAUGGGAAAUCACAAUGUCGUAUAAAUAAUACUUAUGGAUCAUCACAAUUUACAAGUUUAUUAUUGGAAUUUUUCAAUAUUGAUGAUACAUUAGAAUUUUAUGAAUUGCUUAUUCAAUAUUCUAUAAAACAAUCAAAUUGUUUAUCUGUACCAGAAUUAAAAAUUAUGUCAAAGAAUCAAAUACAUUUCUAUUUAAAUGAUGAUAUAAUAUCAUUAUCUAAUAAUUCACAACAACAAUUUAAUUGGUUAAAUAAAUAUCGAGACAAAGAUUCAUUCGAAUUGGCUCCAAACUUACAGGAUUCUAGCAGUUUACUUGUUUCUGAUUCAAGUAGUAUCAAUGAAAAUAGAUAUGAUUAUUUGAAACCUGUAUCUACAUGUGUUAAAACAAAUAGUUGUCCAAGUUUAGACAAUUCUAAAUUAUCUGCUCAAAGCAAAUAUACUAAAGUAAAGAGAAAAGUGUCUAAACGAAUAGUUAAAAUACGUCGUUGUCAAUCUUCUGUAUCCCCGCCGUCAAUAAAAAAACUGGAGUCAAAGCCUCCAAAACCGAUGAAAAAGAAUUCAUUAGCUGUAUCACAAAACAAUUUGAAUUACUCCUCAGACAGUUUAGCAGAAACAGGUUUGACUUCACCACAUAGUUUUUCCGAUCUGAGUUUCACAAAUGAUUCAUGGAAUAAAUGUAGAUAUACUAAACCAAAGAAUAAUAUUCUAUCGAAUUCAACUAUUAAUUAUCCUAAAAACAGAAAGAUUAGUAUAUUUAUUGGAACAUGGAAUGUGAAUGGUCGUAAUGGUAGUAAUUUAAAUUUAGAUGACUGGCUUAUACCUCCUGAAGGUCAACCACCAGCUGAUAUGUAUGUUCUUGGAUUACAAGAAUUGGAUUUAAGACUUAAAGUAAUUACUCUCAAUAAGACUAGUUCAUCAGGACCAGAGGAUUUAUGGAUUCAACAAAUAGAAGAAGCGUUAGGUGGUUUAUUGAAACCACCUAGUUCUAAGUGUAAUGUAGUAUGUCAAAAUGAAACUGAAUCAACUAAAAGUUUUGCAGCUCAUUGGUUUCAGUACACCGGCGGAGGCUAUAUACUCAUUAGACGUGUUCGUCUAGCUGGUAUCAUGAUGAUUGUGUAUAUCUCAGCCAAAUUAUCCAUUCAUUUACGUCAUGAUGAAAUCUCUCAACAUAUUGUUCCAACUGGUGUUUUAAAUGUAAUGGGUAAUAAAGGUGGUGUAUGUCUUAGACUAACUAUAUUUAAUACUUCAUUAUGUUUUGUAAAUUGUCAUUUGGCUGCUGGCAAAGAAAAAAUUGAUCGUCGUUAUCAAGAUUUCAAAGAAAUUGUACGUAAAAUGUCAUUAUUAUUCCCCAUAAAUCCAAAGCGUUUUCCAUUUCCUACGAAAAAAUCUUAUUUUUCAAUCCAUGAUGUAAUUUUUGUAUUUGGAGAUUUGAAUUAUCGAAUAACCGGUUUGGAUUCAGAUAAUGUCAGGAGAUUAAUUCGGCAAAACCAUUACGUCAGUCUACUUAAGAAUGACGAGUUAUCAAAAGAAAUGAACAGUAGAAAGAUAUUUCAGGGUUUUCGAGAACAUAAAAUUACUUUCCCGCCAACAUAUAAAUUCGAUAUUAAUUGUCAGACAUAUGAUUCAAGGUAUGUUCAGUGUUGUUUAACUGAGGAAGUUGAUAGGUUGAUAAAAAACCACGUCAAUCUUGUUUGAUUAGUUCUUUAUUUCACUGAAAUGAAAUGAUAUCAUCUUAAGAAAUUCGAAAUGUUACACGUUGCCCAAACAUAAUCUAUAACAGGGCUUCUACCUUUACUCAGUGGUCGAGCUUAUUCAUCAUGAUGACCCAAUGGAGUUAUAUUAUCUGAAACACUUGAUUUUUAGAUUCUAACAUAUCAAGUAGAUUGACUAAAAGCAGUAAACUUAUGGUCCGAGGAUGAAGUUGCACUACCUCCCGUAUUGGUGUGUGACGGAAGUAAGGUGUUUUCCUUAGACUGGUAAUAUCUGUAGUGAUAACGUAUCCCCACAGAUUAGGAUGGACUUUGCAAGGUUAAUCUUGAAAAUACCAUACUUCAAUUCACAAAUGGAUUUCUGUCACCAGAGAUUAGAACAUUUAAGUACGGAGCUAAUACCUAAAUAACUAUUAUUAAAGAGUUUAUGUGUGGUCGACCACCAACAGUUGUCUUUUGAUCUUUAUAGUCAAACGUUUUGGUCGCCAAGACCAUUACUAAUCCAGUUUCCUUUUCAGAUAUCUCAAAAACGUUCAUUACACCGUUUGGGCAGACAAGAAGUGGCAAUCACCCACGCAACUCUUGAAAUGCCUAUAUCACUUUGUUUUCAGUUAUAACAAAUUAUAGAAUUAACAUAAACGAAUAUUGGAUAAACAAACUGUUUUCCUGGACAAACAUUUUUUCUUAGUUUGUGAAAUGUACACAGUAUACACCUGUUACUCCACGUAGAAACGAAAUCUUGGCUUUCACCGCUUAAAUUGAACCAUUUCAACAAAAUAACUCUUCAUUCACUAAUUAACUAACUUCAAUGCGGACUUCGACAUUCUCAUGAGAAACCACAAUCAGUGAAGUUUAACGAUUACAAGAAUGAAACAAUACAUAUUAUGAUAAACCAAUUCGAGUUAGAAAUAUAGGUCAUUUGAUAAAACUUUGGUUUAAAAGUAACCUUUUGUUAAAAACUUAAUGAUCCUGAGUUGUAAGUUCUCACUAAUAAUAGUUCCUGAUCAGGACAAAGCUUAAGUUUAGUUCUUUCCGAUUUUUAUUAAUUAUCUCGGUAAUGUAAGAGCAUUAAUGAAUUAGCAUGAAUAACCAAUAAUGUAACCAAAUAAAAAAACGGAUCAUUCAGAAUCACAAAUGCAAACCUUUGUUUUAAAGCCAUUUUAGGAAGUCAUGAAUAAGAAGUUUUUUUCCAUUAAUAUUUGUUAAGUAAUUAUUUUAGCCUUGAAUCAGCUCAUUGGAACAAUCUCAGUAAAAUUCAUCGAUUUAAUUUGUAUUUAUAUUUUUUUAAACAGUAAGAAGAUUUCAAAUAAUUCAUACAUUUAAUAGGCCUCAUAUAUAAAUAAUGAUAUUUCAGGUAUUUAUAUUGUCUAAAGUCCCGAGUUCGGGAUCAUGGAUGAGUAUUGGUGUGGAGUCCCCUGUUAAGACGAAACAACCAUCCAGUACUUCCAGGUUUUCAGUGGUGGUCUAGCUUACACCAACUCAUGAAUUUAACUGUUACAAAGUAAAUCAGUUGAAAAGUGAUAAUGUACAAUUUCGUGAUAUUUGAAUGAAAACAGUGUUUAUUAGUUUAACUUCAAUUAUCUAUUAACAUUUACUUAUGAAAGUCACUAAUAAAAUGAAUGUUUUAAGAGUGAACUUGUCUCCUAAUUAUUCAAAAGAUGAAUAAAAAGUAAAGAAAUGUUUCUUUGAAAUUUUUUCUUGAAAUUCGGGUGAGACUAUAUAUUAUGAAUGACAUUUAAGAAACACUAACAUGACCUUGGGAAUGGCCAUCUACUUAUUAGGGUUAAAUCAGAGUUUUAAAUUAGUGUGAAGAAUCGAGAUUACAAUAUAAAGUUGGAUGUUGGGGCUAGGAAUUCUAUUUAGUGUUUUCAUCACGAAGUGAUAUCAUUUAUAAUGUCAAAGUGUUAUUUGGCCAAAUUAAUGAAUGGAUUUUGUGCCAAGAUCCAAGACCUGCUCUCUGAAAUCUGAUUGAUUCGUCUAUAAAGUAUAAUGUUGCAGAGAUCUGUUGAGAAUAUUUCAUAUGCAUAGUUCUGUAUUAUCAUUUUGAAGAGAUCAAGAGCAAAGAUUCUAGCAGAAUAAUAUGAAUUCAUUUUAUUUCGUUUGGUUCUUGGCAGAUGCUUUACAACCUAUGAUAUUUAAAAAUCAUAAUUAUAAAAUAGGUUGAAAUUGCUUAUAUGAAAGAGUUUAGUUGGAAGUUAUUUUGAAUAUACAUUAGUAUAUUAUAGGCAAGGGUGUAAAUAAAUUUAAUAAGCUGAAUAAAAUAUUGUAAAUAUAAUCCUUCUUAUGUAAAAGAACAUUCUACAACAUGAAUUAUAACAAGAGUUCAAAAGUCUAUAAAUAAAUGUCAUUUCAUAGAUUUCGAUUACCUUCUAAAUUACAAAAAACCUAAUUAGUGUAGCGUGUAUUAUAAAUGUUUAUGGAGAAUACAAGUUGAUGGAGAAAAAUUGUAACUCAGGUGGAUGAUUUUGAUGGAGUUUGGUUCUCUGAGCUGAAUGGUUUGGUUCUGAAGCUUUCAUCGUUCCUCUGAACGAGAUCAUCAGCACAAACUUCGAAUAGAAAUGAAGUGUUCUAUCUGAAAUUUGUGCUGAUGAUGUCGUUCAGAAGAACGAUGAAAGCUCCACGAUCAAAACAUUCAGCUAACAGAACAAAACUCUAUCAAAAGACAAGUUGAUGUUAUAAUAUCAAUGAGUACUUCAAUAUGAGGAUUUACUCGUGAAUAUAAUUUCAAACAGUUACAAGCUACAAUUAAAAUACGUCUAGAAUAUAUAUAUAUGUAUUUCAACACUCGAUCAUAUUAAAUCGUGAAAAAUCUCAUUCGAGAAACAAAUAUCUUUUAUACUUCUUUUUUUAAUGAUUGAUUUAAAUAACUUAUUCAUACAAAGUCAUUUUUGCAUUUCCGUCAGUGAAAAAUAUCGUAUUCCUGCCUAUUGUGAUCGAAUUAUUUGGUUUGGUCGAGGUUGUACACCAAUUGUUUACAGAUCACAUCCAAAUUAUAUAUGUAGUGACCAUAAACCUAUAUCAGGUUAUUUCUUAGUUGAAAUAUAUUAGGUAUGUAUUUCAACGUUGACAUUAAAAAACUGUUUUGCAGUGAGUUGUUGUUUCUUUUUUGUUUUGGUUUGUUUGUUUGUUUUUUCUUCUUCUAAAAAUGCACUUUACAUUGAUGAUAUUAAAAACUAAAAAAAAAAAAAGAAAACAAUAUUUGGAAUUUUUUAUUUUUUUAUUUUUCAUAUGAGAAUUGAUUUUCACCAAAUGAAACUUGCUACCUAUUUAUUUAUCCUUCGAUGUAACUUUUCGAGUUGUGUUUUGUUUCUGUCUCUCUCCCCCCACUGUCUCUCUCUCCUUAUUUUCUCUUCCGUUCUAGAUCAGAUCAUGUAGUCAAGAUCUCAUAUACAAUAUUAAAUUAUUGUGAUUUUUAACUUGUUACCUUUUUUGACUGAUAUAUUCUUUCUCUUUGAUUAAAAUAUGAAAAAAAAGACAGAAAGAGAAAGAGGGAGAAAGAAAGAAAGAAAGAAAAUUAGAAACGAUGUUAAUAAUUUGAUUAAAUGUAACUAUAGAAAUUGUUUAUGAGAAGAAAAAUCUUUAAUUAGUUAAUCAAAUUUGUACAUCAUUAUUUUAUAAAUUGUUUCUUAUUGAUAAAUAUGUCUUUAUUGACUGAAAUAAAAACUAACUUCAUAUCUUGGUGACAGAAUGGGGCAAUAAAUAUAAUUGGUGAUUACACCUUAUUAAGUGCUGUAAGGAUUGAUUAAUGUAAAGUUUCAUAUCAUAAAUUAAUUUAAUCUAAACAAUCAUUAGAAAUCAGAGUGUACUGGAUAGAAGUUUCAAUUUAAUAGAUGACUUAUUAUUGGUGGGUAUUCACAAUUACAUCAGGAAUUAAACACAAGAGUUUAAGAAUUCACAGUGAGAGGAUAACCUUAAAAUUACUGAAUUUAAGGUAACAUCAAAUUUGUUUCAUUUCUAUUUAAGAUAUAUUUUUUACAAUAUAAAUAUGGUAUUUAUGUAAAAGGACUCUGUUCUUUUGAUAACUAUUUAACUUAUUUUUUACUCUAUGUUCAUUAAGAAUCUGGUUUCCACGGGUCAAUGUCAUUCAGCCACUUUAUUCUGCUCAAGAUAAACAGUUAUUUCGAAAGUUACACAGUUUAAACAAUAAUUACUGUUUUCAUAUUCGAUAUAUUAAAAUAACAUUAAUCGGUAAUUAAAAAUAUACGAAAUGGUAACUGUGUGACGUAAUACAGAAAUUAAUCAGAAGUAAGAUUCAAGAGCCUUAUUAUUCAGUGUAUUCACUAUAUAUAUUAAUGUACAUUAAUAAAGCAGGAUAUUUCAAAAGAGUAUUGCGAGACCAAUAUUUGGUGUAAUGAUCAUGAAAAAUAUCUUAGGAGGAUGACACAACACUGAAAUAUAGGCACACACAAUAUAUUUCGUAUUAGACUCUUUGUGUCAAGUUCUAUACCAUAUAAUUAAGCACAUCAAAUUAUUCCAGUUUUGUAUUUCAUCACUGUAGUCAAAUAAGUAAUUACAAAUAGGGUAACACUGACUUAUCUUUCUCAAACUACGGUAAAACCACAUUUUACAAACAAUUAAUAACAUUUUAAAGUAUUCACUUGUUGUUUUACUUGUAUCUUCUCAUUGUUAUUUAGGACUGCGAUUGAUCAGUCUCAUGUUAUAUAUAUAUAUAUAUACCGUGCGGAUAGCCAUGAUAUAGCUUUAAGUCAUAAGCUUUUAAAUCAAAGAUGGAUAGUGGUUAGGACGAAACGCGCGUCCUGGAUUCCAUUUUGAAGUAUUGUUUCAUGAAUCUCCUAGAAUUCCACACAAUUUUAUAACACUGUGAAGAAACUGUUUCCUUUUAGACGUACACAUUUAUUGUGUGUAAAAUGACUUUUAUUUGUUAUAGUUAUAAAAAUAAAAUUUAUCAACUCCCUUUUCACUUUAUAUAAUUAAUAUGAAAUGUAGUUUUGAUUAACAUCAGAUGGGUUUUGUGGAUAUUAUAGUAAUUUCAAUGGUUAAGAUCAUGAGUCAUUUGAAGUCAGACCACCAUUGAAAACCCGGAAGCACUGGACAACCG